AUCCUACGACAGAAUAUACCGAACCGACGUCCAGUGCGUUACCUAUCGUCGCGUCACCGUCCCAGAAGUGCUCGGUAUCCGCCGUAAUACAAAGGGACCGCAGAAUACGGCUUCGAAACAUCGAACGGUGUCUCGUACCAGGAUUACAUCGUACCCCGCAUCCUUGGAAUCCGCAGGACCUUCGAACAUGGCCGUACGCCUACCAAUUUUGCUGCUCGUAGCAGCCGCCUGCUUCGCCGUUUCGAGUGCUCGUGUCUUCCCCGCCGAACCACUUUCCGUGGUCCUCGACGCUUACGGGAAUCCGGUGCUGUUCCUCCGAGAGAAGCGCGCCCCUCUCAGGGCUCCCGUUCAAAUUCCGCAACGCGCGAUGAUGUUCACCGGCUACUAUCGACCCACCAGGAGAUCCAACGACGGAGAUCAAGCCACGGGCGUAUUCGCCCAAGGGAAUUCCGUCAGCGGUGGAUCUUAUCUAGGCGGAGCUCGCGCCCCGCACCUGAUCAACGGUCCGCAACCGAUCGAGGAACCCGAAUUGUCCAGUGCUCAGGCUGAGGCAGCACCGCAGCCGGAAGACGGGCAACGAGGGUCCUGGGCAGAGGAGCAGGAAGACCGGAUCAAUUACGGACAAGAGGAGGGCCACCCUCACGAGACCCCGGCAGCCGAUCCCGAGCCAGUGUCGAAUUACGACGUCGACGCUCCCGCGGCCCCGACCGAAGACGAGGGUGACCGUUCCCCGGUACCCGAGGAACCCACGGUCCUGACGAAACCUCCUCCUGCGAAAAACGGCAAGAAAGUCCCCGGGUUCGUGGCACCUCCCGACGACGACGAGGAGGAAGAUGAACCCGAGGAGGAUCAGGAAUCUUACGUACCUUUGCGCCCCGCGAAGGGAAACCGCCGACAGAACGGAUACACCCCGAGUCACAACAAUUUCUUCCCAAUGAUGUUCAGUUUCCCAGGAUUGUCGAGACGCGCGUCCGGAUCCUCCGGUUUGCCCUCGGGCGUUGUCACCGCCAUAGCUAACAGCUAUUCCACGGGAAAGGGCGGCGUCGCUAGUUCCGUUGCAACUGCCUACGGAGGUACACCAACGGGGAAGAAAGCGAGGCGCGUUCCCGUUGCCGAAGAUUAAAAUUCCACUCGAAGGAUCGGACCGACGAUGGUAACGAGGCUUUGCGAUCACCCCUACCACCGAGAGGAAAUCAAUCGACAUAGUAUUAUUUUAGAUAAUCGGUUUGACGAAAUGAUCGACAUUCCUUUGAAUUAUGGCGAGAGAUUGAUCGUCGUCGGUGUGAUUUCCGACGAGGAGGCGCUUGCAGCAACUGCGCAAAAACAGGAACAACUUUUGAAAGGAUGUCGCGAGGUCCGUAACGGAAUUUUUCGGGAUAACCAAAAGCUGCAUCGAAACUGAGAGAAAUCUCGCCGGUAUUCAUCGAUAGCAUUAUUGUAACACCGUGAAAUUUUCAUAAUAAACUAUAACAAUUAUUGUCAUGUGCGUGUGUGUCGAGUCUCUUUUCUUGUAAGGUAGAUAUCACGGAUUCCGAAAACACUGCAACCAAAUUAUGUCAGACGAUUGUUAAUCCUGUUGUGAAUCUUGGGAGCUAUAAUUGAUCAAUGCGGAUACAUCGCGAGCGUACAUAAAUUGGCGAUUUAUUGCCCCUCGUAACUGCCAAUUUUAUAAUUAUAAUUUCAACGAGGAAUUCCCGCAUGUUUACACGAUUUUCUCGUACCACACCGAUCGCGUGAACUUGAGAUUUUACGAUUAUUCAAGUACGCGUAGGUAUGAGUAUACGGAUUACCUUUUUUGCGGAAAAACUGGUUGGAACCCGUUUUCAACAGUCUUGCGAAUUUCGUGAUAUUCGCGCCGCUUUAACGACGAUGAACGAACGUCACGGAAUUCUCGUAAUGUUCGAGGAACAGUAGCGGACGAAUGAUUUUUCAGAUUGAAACCUCACGGUACGGUCUUUGAGAAAGAGAUCAAAGUUAUCGACCGUUUCGAAAACCAUUGUUCCGUGUAAAUCGGCUGGAAAACGUUGAUGAUUUUUGAAUCCAUUGAUCGAAAAGACAUUCCUCGGCCAUUGAAAUAAGCGCAUUUAAAUAAACGCUCGCAGAUUCGUUCCAGCGGGCGACGGGAUUCCCCGAGACCCUUGCGGUUAGCCCGGGGUCCCGUAAUUAUUUCACCGCAUACCGUACGGUACGUACGUACGUUUAAUUUAACGAUUCUUCUCCAACCGGUACACAGCCUCGGGAUGAAGUCACGAGUGGCAAAAUAUUUUUCACGCCAAAAUUUGUUCGCGGAUGCACGUUUGGUAUAAAAGUGGAGAUUCUAACUUCACCGCAUCAGUCUACAUGCAAAUAUCGUCCGUCGAGCUUGACAAACGCGACAGAGUCGAGUGCGAAGAAACCGAGAUUUCAUAACAAUAGAAAAAAUGUCCAAAUUGAUCAUUUUCUCGGCGUUAAUAGUAUUGGUGACGAUGGCAUCGGCGAUUCCGAAAGAUUACAUCAGAGAACGCCGAGCGCCUUCGCAUCGUCAUCCCUUUUUCGAUGUCUACUACGUUGCCGUUAGACCUAAGAGAUACGAAGACCGAUGGAGUCACGGUUCGGGGCACGGAUAUCACGGUUCGGGGCACGGACAUUACGGUUCGGGGCACGAGAAUUACUAUCCCCAUCAUAGUCAGGCUUCGAGUUAUGCUUCUGCCUAUUCAACCUCCGGAAAUCGGGGGGGUGAUUCUUGGUCGCAAGCCGGCGCGAACGGCGGAUCCACGGUUUGGGGCAAAUGAAGAAAAUUAAGUUACCGGAGAAGAUAACGAUGAAAAAUGAUGCCGGCGUGAAUUAAGAUGAAUUAUCAGUAUUGUGCACUUUUCCAUGUAUCUGCAAUAAUAAGUUAAUUAUAAAGUCGAAAAAGGUGUGCGUAGCUAUUACCGAUUUGGCAGGCAUUUCAUGACCUCUGAUUCGUCCUCCGCAAAAUCUCAACUUUAAGUUGCAUAAUUUUUCGUUUAAUUUUCAGUUUUCGAAGGUAAUAAAAAUCUAGUCAUUUUGAUACAAGGUACUCGUCGACCUUGAGACGGGUGAGAACAUCCUCGCGAAAAAAUUGCGUCACGUAAGAUACAGAUAUGCUGUAAUCUGGAGUCCACGCCCAUUCGAAUGUUCGAUAUGUGUAACGAAAAAAGAAAACACGAAAAAGGUAUAAUCGGCUAGAUAAGUAGGCUGUUUAUGCGACAUUCUCGUAUACCAAGGUACCUGGAAUCGGGUAUAAAAGCAUCCCGAAAUCUCCUCAUCUUUAGUUCUAUCUGGGAAUCCAUCCUAAAGAGACAAACUAAUUCGACAUGCUGAAGUUUGCGAUUGUUCUGUCGGUCGUCGCCAUGGCCCUGGCCACCCCGAUCAAACCCGAUCCUAAGGAACGUUCCGCACGUGCCACUGAGGCAGCCACCGAGACGACCGCUCAGCACACCACUCCAGCCCUCAACACCCUCGGUUACAACUACGGCUACAACGGACUCUACAACAACUUGUACAACCGUAACUACGGAUACACCGGUCUCGCUGGAUACAGACCCGCUGGAUUGUGGGACUACGGGUACAACGGGUACAACGGAUACAACGGGUACAACGGGUACAGAGGACUCAGCGCGUACAACUACGCGUACCCUGGUGCGAGCCUCUACGGGAACUCGUGGGCAGGUCACGCGGGAUACGUCCCUGCCCUGCACUCUGUUGGACACGUAUAUUAAUCGGGCACGAUUCGGGAAGGAGAUCUCUGAAAAACGAAGGAGCUGAUGAAUUUGUGACGGAAAACUGCAAACAACAAAAUUUCUGUAGAAUCACCACCAUUCUUUUUACUUGUCAAUUUUGUUCAUAAUUUUUCUCAAUAUGGCUGAAUAAUAAAUUUCAGGAGGAACAAGGUAUUGUUCGUCCCGAUAACAAAAAAAAAUUUUCCAACGUGCUGGUGUAGUUGUUAUUUUUUACUUCAACACUUCGAAAAAUGUUAAAUUGGACCGAAUCGCAUUCAGGGCGUAACGCGAAAUUCGCUCUGGGAGAGGAGCGAAUCCUGUGAACCGCGAACCGAAAAAGCCCACCACCGAUUCGGUGAUACCUCCGAUUGAUUUAACAAUCAUUGAGAUCGGUUGGGAAUACACGGGGUAACGAACGCCGCCCGGAAAGCAUCAACUGCGACGAACUACGCUUGAAAUUAGUAAGGUAGCUGUCGUCGAUCGGAUAUUAUUGUAAACACAUUAACGACGGCGCAGUCUGCUGUCCGCUGUCGUCGAGGGUCGGGGAAACGCGGUAAUUAAUUUCGUCGAGUUUCGGUUCAAAAAUAGAAUCCGAUCGAGAAACACUACGGGGGGUGCGGCGUGUUUACAUCACAUUGUAACGUGAAUACUCAAGGUUCCGUACAAUAAUAAGCCUAUUUGGUAAACCCGCGUGACUAUAAAAACACCAAGAAUUAAAGACCGAGAGUGUCACUCGUUGCUCGACCUCUGCAGUAAAAUCUUCAACGCGAUAAUUUCCCGGCAAAAUGAAACUUCACGUCAUUCUGCUACUUCUCGUCGCGGCCGCGACAAGCGUAUUCGGAUACUCCGCAGGGUCUGCAGGAUUUCGUCGUUUCGCAAGAUCGGCGCUUCCUCGUGCGGAUCGAGACCAUUAUGGACACCAUUACCACGAUCGUCCCCAUGGGGACAACGGUCAUCGCGGCGAUCGCGAUCACGAUUAUCAUCCGCAUCACGAUCACGAUCGUUACGAGGAUCAUGAUCAUCGCGAGCAUCAUCACGAUCACCACGACGGCCAUUACACAGACUACAAUUAUGGACCCCACGGGCACUACCACUAGACGACAAAAGAUUCAAGCCGAAUAAAACGAAUAUUGAAAUUUUGAGAUAGAAGUGGACCGAACUGGAGACCUAUGAGUGAUCGACGGUGCGGGCGAUCGAUGUAAUAUUGGAAUAAAUCGAUGGAUGUCAUUUUGUUGUCCUACUGUUUUUUUUUUUUCGUUCAAUUUCGCGUUACCCCGAAACGGGGUUCGCCCGAAAGUCGUGUCGUUUUUCCUCCAGAAGCUCUUUACUUUUCAGCCAGCGGUCUGUGCCGAUUGAUUUAUUCAUUCCGUCACUUUCUUUUCUUGGAUAGUUGUCAUUGGGACCGUCGCAUUUUCGGUAUAAUGAUUAUCAUACGGUGUCGUUGGAUAGCUGUUAUUAUUGAGAAUGCAAAUUUCGCACUGCGCCUCUUUUUCAUUAUUAUUAUCGACCACGCGAUUUCAAUACGCCCAUCGAUUCGAUCUCUACAGGGUGACAAAUAAUCGAUGACGAUAGGUGGAGAGUUUUUGCAACCGAUGUCAUGUGGGGUAUCAUCGCAUAAUACCUGUUACAUUAUCCGUUCACGAAGUGCGUAUGUUCGCCAUAGCCGAACGUAACUGCAGACCAUCCUCUUCUGAAAUCAUUUCGUUCGCGAAAGGGAUUUUCCAUUUUGUUUCGCAUCGGCGUAAAAAAAUAUACCACGUGAAAUUUGGUCAUACAUCAAUCUCAAAAUUUUCAAUUAUAUUCGGUUCACCGACAACGAUCGGGUGAAGAUCCGAAAUUUUCUGCAGAAGGAAGUGAUGAUCUACAGAACAGGUUUCGCCUCACAAAAUCCUCGUAUAAUCUUCGAAGUACAAGAGUAGGGAUGAUCGGAGCACCGGGUAAAAAAUCAUCGUGAAGUAUGAUGGUUUUUACACCAGGUGCAGCAUUGUUGUGGAUACGUAAGUAUAACGUAUGGAUUUUCUACACCCGUACCGAAUCGAGAGAGAUAAAUCAUUCAAUUGCAAGGUCGUACCGGAGUCGAAUGGUCAGGGGAAUCCACAGAGGCAACCGGUAUUGACGGAAUAAAAAGUCUAGUAAAAAAAUAUCAUCACACGCAACGCGUACCAAGUACGCUUGAAUAUUCGCUCAAUUAGCGAUGAAACAGAGAAUCCCAAAAACUAGUUUCUUUCCGCACCAAGAGCUAUUUUCAGUGGAACUUGGCUCGGUCCGUACGACCGACGAUCAUGCGGUACAUUUACGAUACCCCGUAUACGUGGGAUACGAGAAACUAUGCACGCCCGGUGAUUAGCAUAUCAGGUUAAAAAAUCUGCGUCAGAAAUAUUCUGGCAAAUCUGCGCUCCGAUGAGACAGAGCGAGUAAGGACAAAGUCAACAAAAGACAUAUUAUGUAGGUCGGAUAUAGACGGAGAAAAAUAUAGUCACGCAUCCGAAUUCAGAAAUCAAAAAUUUAGCACCAGAGCGGCGAUACUCCCGCAAAGCGGACGGCGAUGAUGAUAAGCAGCCGCAUAAAUAAGAAGGCCGGUGAAAGAAGGCGAAAAAACCCAACCCGUUCGUGUAACACCUCAGCACGGUAGCAUAGAUAUAUCGAACGCCGAUGAUUCCCAAUCUCAUCUAUACAUACAUAUUCUCGAUAAAUUGACGUCAGAAGGGAUAGAACUAUAAAAACAGGCCUCUAAUACCAAAGACGCGGCAGAACCGAUCGAAUCGCUUAGGGAUAUACAAAGCUCUUGGGAUACAUCGAAAGGAGAUUUCUCGCAUACACCGUUCGUCGUCGAAAUAAUCGCCAAGAUGAUCAAGAUCGUCUUCGUCCUGCUCGUCGCACUCGCCGCCAUCGCUACAGCCAUGCCGAACCCCGGGUUGUACGGUGGAUAUUCGCACGGAGGUGGCGGACACGACGGGUACGGAGGACACGGUCAUCACCAGGGACACGGUGGAAGUCACGGUGGACACGUCGAUUACCAUCACGGAGGACACGGGGGAUACGGGGGAGAUCACCACGGAGGGUACGGAGGAAGUCACGGUGACUACGGUGGUUAUCACCAGGGACACGGUGGACACGUCGAUUAUCAUCAUGGACACGGAGGAUACGGACACGGAAAAUAAAAAGCUCGUAUAUUAUUGGAUCGUUGUGCCAAAUUAUCGCGAUGCCUCAGUUUUAGAUUUUAACAUCGGAUUUCUGUCAUUCCGAUUGAAAAUGAAAAAAUAAAAAUUGAUAUUGAAAUUGUGAAA